UGAAACAAGAUAUGGUGUCACGUGUAAACAAGAAUUCCAUGUAAUUGUGUGUACUAUAAACAUCACUUUUUUCUUAAGUUAAUAUAAUACAACAUAUAAUUAUAACAUGAAGCCUCAAAGUGAAUGGACGGGCUGAUUCUCUUUCUACUGUCUUAAUACAAAGCCAAGUUCAAGCUGAGACAAGUUCAGCAACUUAUUUUUUUCUUCUGAUCACAGAUUGGCAGUUGUUUUUAAAGCACUGACAACUCUAUGUUAGAAUAGAUUCAGCUUUAUUGUAUUUUGCCAGUGAUUAAAAUACAUAGUAUGCACAUAUUUGCCAUAUUUGUAUUAAGACACAUUACUUUUUAACAAAUGUAAUGAUUCAUUUAUUAUACACUUUCAGUACUUUUGCUGGUUCCUCUUGUCUUCAUGAACUGAGUGAGGGAUUGUCAAUGGGUCUCUAGAGAGAUUGUUGAUUGCUGACAUCAUGACUAUCUAUCGCCAUCUACAGGUAAGCAGCCCAAACAAUAAAAUCCAGCUAGGGAAUUUUCCAUUAUAAAACCUAAAAGUCAGUGGAAGAGGUUUAAAAUAAAAUAAAAUAAAAUAAAAUAAUAAAUAAAAUAAAAUAAAAUAAAAUAAAUGUGAGCAUAAUUUUAAUUUAAAUUGAAUAAUUGGGGUGUUUCUUUAACUUUAGGCACUUUUAUGUCCUAGGGAUUUAUUUUCAUUAAAACUAAGAUUUUACCUUCCUUUUUUUAAAUUCUUUUAUUAUUAUUAUUAUUUAAGGUAUUUAUUAUUAUUAUUUUCUUUAAGGUAUAAUUUUUUUUUUUCUUCUAAUAUAUAAACCUUUUUUAUACCUCAAAAAAAAAAAAAAAAAAAAAAAAAAAGGAGAAAAAAAUCCCAACUGACCCUACACCACUGGUGAAUGCUUGUGUCAAAAAAUGUAAGAAUUUAUGCAUGAACCUAGACAUAAUCAAUAGCUCAGUACAAACUGUAAUUGUAAAACCCUUCUUGUGCUGGACAGAAUAUCAAACAGUCUAAGACCAGAAAGUCAAGGACAAUGCCUAGUUAAAGGUCAGAUUGAUAGUUUAACUUUUGCUCUCAGAAAAUGGGUUUUCAUUGCUGUAGAUUCUUUACACUUAUUACAUUACAUAUAACAUAAUUGCAUCAUUACAUUAACUUUGUGCACUUGUGACACUUAAGUGCACAUAUAAACAGUUGCCUAUACAAACCACCUCUACUGCAUCUUUAAAUUAAACAUUUUACUUUUUUCUAGAUAUUUGUCGACUAUGAAUCAAAAGUACUUUGAUUCUUUUGACCAAAACUUUAAAUUACUCUACAAUCCCAGAAAUAUAACUUUUUAAUGAAUAUGCAUACAGUCAAACCAAAAUUUAUUCAGACACCUUUAACAUUUCAUUCAUUAAUACAGUUUAUUCACUAUACUUUAAAAAAUGGUAAUAAAAUAUGACAAGAUCUCAGAGUUUAACUGUGUCUGAAAAAAAGUAAUCUUAAUUAUGUCAGAUAACACUUAAGCAAAACAUGGUCAGGUCAAAGUGUCUGAAUAAGUUUUGGUUCCAAAUUUUUAUCAAUUUUACUGGUAGAAUUUUUGGGUAUAAUAUGUCACAGUUUACUUUAUUUUGCUAUCUUACAUAAAUGAACUAUAGUGUCCUGCACACACUAGUAAAAAUAUACCAACAAUAUCAAAAACGUCUGAAAAUUUUUUGGCUUGACUGCAUGUUGAGGAAUUACAUAAGUAGAGUGGGGGAGAUGCAGCUGAUAUUAGUAAAUGUAAAGAAAAAAUAUCUGUCAGACAUAGUCACCAAACAUCUUAUUCAUCUUACACAAUGCCACAAUCAUAAUGAAGGAAAGGACAAUGUAAAAACAAUCCCAGUGACUGUUCAAGAUGACAAAAAUCCCAUUUCCUCGUGUUACGCUUCUUAACUGCUCCUCAGCCACAGCAGACGGCCCAUUAAAAAGCAACUUAUUCUCACCCAGACUUUUUAAAAAACUAUUAAUCUGUUCACAACCAAUCAAAGGCUGUCCCACUGCGAACAGACCAAUGAGGAGAUCAGGCACGUUGAGCGCUCAACCAAUCAAGACAGGGCAUUCUAAUUCUGUCCAUCAUUAUGAUGCGGUGUAAGGUGCAUCUUAUUUAUGACCUGCAACCAGAGAGUCAGUGGGACAUUUGUCUGUGAAAGUGAGAGUGGCGCUGGGUGUUCACAUUGGAGUUCCAGCAUCCAUUAUGGACUAGUUAAAAGAAUUGAGAAGAGGAAGUGAAAACAGACUCUUACCUGACCUUUAAACCAUUCUUUGAUCCUGGGGUGAUGUGAGGACCACACUGAGCCCUGGAAAUACUCCAGAUUAUCACACAGAAAGUUGCCAAGGUUGUGUUGAUCUCAGACUCGAACGGGACCCUUCGGAGGACUUGAUGUCAGGACCUUGGUGAGAAAUCAGUCUGGAAUCAUCAUCAUCAUUGGAAACAGAAGAAGUACGCACACUAGUUUCCAUGGAGUCCAAUAUUUCAGGGUCUUUCCUCUUCAACAACAGCUUGAACCAGUUCCCUUCAGACAUCAAGGCCCCGGUGUGCCAGUACUCCAUUCCCAACUCCUUCUACAAGCUCAGCCCCGCCAACAUCAACACUCAGCUCCAGGCUGGCACUCCGCAUGGCAUCAGUGACAUCCUGAGUCGAUCCAUGGUGGGCGGCCCGGGAACCCCCGCGCUAUUGUCCGGGUACCCCUCCAUGGGUGGCUUUGGGACAGCUAUGCCUAGUCCAGGGGUGUAUUAUAAUCGGGAUUACGCCCCAUCGGGACUGACCGCUUUCCCUAAACCCAGUGUUGAAUGUUCGGGUAUGAAGGGCAAAGGCAGCAGCUGCUGGGUGGACGGAGGGUACGAGUGGAGGGGAGCGAGACAGCAGUGUGCCAACAGUAGUGGGCAUCACACUGAGACUGCGGGAAAAAAGAAGCACACAAGACCCACUUUCAGCGGGCACCAGAUCUUUGCUCUGGAGAAAACCUUCGAGCAGACCAAGUACCUGGCAGGACCAGAGAGAGCCAGACUGGCAUACUCACUAGGCAUGACUGAGUCACAAGUUAAAGUGUGGUUCCAGAACCGGCGCACUAAAUGGCGGAAGAAGAGCGCGACGGAACCCAGCUCCACACAGGCCUCGCGGGGGGAGAGCGGAGGAGAUGGGUCAGAGAACGAGGUGGAGGACGAGGAGUACAACAAACCGCUGGACCCCGACACGGACGAUGAGAAGAUCCGACAGCUGCUGCGAAAACACCGCAGAGCUUUCUCUGUACUGCGCCUGGGACCACAUCAUCUCUGAGGGCGAACACACGUUUAAUAGGCUAUAGUAGGCCUACAUUGUGCCAACAAAACACGCAUAAUCAUACCAUACACAGUUAUAUAAAAAUAAGAUGUCUCAAAUUAUACAAAUACACAGUAAUAUAUAACCGUUCUCGGUAACACUUUCUAUGAACAUUUACACGUUUUUGUUUUUUUGCCAAGGAAAAAAAGAUAGGCUACAGAAACUGGUCAAAAUUGGACCUGCUCUUAAACAGCCUAUUAGGCUUUUUCUACUCCUACAAAUGUCAACAGUAAAACAAUUAUGAUUUACAAAACAAUUAAAAGAUUACAAAAUGUUUUGGGCAGUGUGUAUUGUAAUUAAUACAUUGUAUAGGCCAAAUGUAUUGUUACAAAUUAUCCCUUCAAAAAAGAAAACGCACAUUUGUGAACUAGAAUUUUGAAUCUAAAGAUUAUAGUUACUGGGAUAUCUUGUGCGACAACUAGGCCUAUUUAAUACUCUAAGAAAUUAUUUUAAUCAUUUUAAUAUUGAACUAUUCAUGGUUAUUCAUUUGAUUAUGCAUUAUAACAUUUAAUACAUAACAUUUUUAUUGAUUAUUGUGUUAUAAUACAAUGUAUUAUCUAAAUAUAUAGCCAUGAGUAAACCGUUAUAAUUUAUUUAAGGCUACUUUAACUGAUGAAAAUUAUUUACGAGAACAUACAAUUGACAGUAGGUUAUAUCACAAGGCAGGUAUUAGGUAUCAAUUUUAAGGCAUUAAGAAUAUAGUUAUGUUGCAUUAUAAAGGCUUCAAAGAAAGUAUUGCCCAGUUGUCUUUGAAUUCUGUACUGAAUAUUGCUCAAACUUAUUCAGAGGUAAAAUGCAUUAUAAAUGCUCAUAAAACUGCAGGGAUAGCAAGCAGAUAUGGUAAAAUGCAAUCAGAUACAUAAAUCAAUACUGAAUGAACUGUAUUCGCACUCUCUUUAUGUCAUUACAUGUCAUUGUAGAUAUACAUCCUUCCUUUCUUCCAAAAGUUACAAGCAUUUCAUGUUGUGUCAGUGAAGUUUAACUAACCUGCAACUCUCUCAGUCCAUAAAUCAGGUCAAGUUUAUACGGAGGUGUUUAGUAAUAAGACACAGCAUGUUUUCCAUAUUGCCAUACAAGCACUGUACAGAGAUACUAUUAUUUAUUGAUUUUUAAAAACUCUUGAAGACAGGGUAGAUUGAUAUUCCCCCAAUAAUAAAUAAAUAAUUAACAGUCAAAUGUUAACAUCUAAAAUGCAUAUAAUCUAAUGUAUAUGAUCUGUAAAUUAAUUAUGA